AUGGAAGAGGAACUAAUGAAAAUUAAGGCUGAAAAUGAGAGCCUCAAAACCAAUUGCCAGAAUGAGACGCUGAGCCAUGAUGGAGAAUCACAGGCAUAUCAAACUGAAUUGGAUAGAAUAAAGCAGGAACUGCAGGAGACUAAACUAGAAUUGCAAAAGCAACAGGAGGCUUACAAACUUUUGAAACAAGAACUUGAAGAGGAGAAACUGAAUAAACCCACCGACAUAGAGGAGUCCCUUGCUGAUGUUGACCAUGACUUACAGCAGAUGAGGCAGGAACUUCAUAAAUUAAUGGGUGUCAUUGAAAUCAAGGAUCAGGAAAUUGAAAACCUAAGCAAACAGUUGAAGUCUGCACAAACUCAGGUCUAUAAUCAAGAAGAAACAGUGAAGCAAAUGAAAGAAACUAUACAGCAAAUAGAAACGAAAGCUGCUAGUAAUUUAAGCAGUGCUUCCAGUAAUGAUGGGAUUAUGUCUAAACAAAAUGGAGAUCACAAUGAUGGACAGCGUCUUGAAGAAAUCAUCCAUCAGUUCCCAAAUGUUACUUUACGUUCUGCUUCCAUGGUUGAAAAUCUCAGCUCAGUUGAUGAAACUGUAAAAGUUGCAGAUGCUCCUUCAAAUGAUGAGCGUCUCCAGUCUCUGAUUGCCAAAUACCGCAAUCCAUCUGAUCAAUCUAGCAGCCCAGAAAAGAAUCGGAGUGUCGGACGCCCUCAUUCUGUAGGACCUGGUAGCAAUUUUGGCGGCAUGAGCCGUAUUCUUGGACUUACAACUCCAAAGCCAUUUUACCUCAGCAGUGCUGGGUCCAAAUUCAACCGUUUUUCAGGAAGUGGUAUCUCAACUAUAAAUCCUCCUGCUAAUGUUAACACAGCUUCAACUACCACUUCAUCCGUGCCUCUUUCCACUGAUGCAUCAGCUGCUAACUUAUCAUCCCAAUCAAGUACAUUCUCAUCACUUAAUGCCAGUGAGGAUGUCCCCAAACCUUCUGUGAAGAUUGGUGUCUCUAACCGGCCCCCAUUACCUCCCCCUCGUCCAGCCUCACGCCCUUCCAGUGCCCAUAACCCUGAAGCCUUCUUUCACUGCCAGCACAUCUCUCUCUCUCUCUCUCUCUCUCUAUCUGUCUCUCUCUCUCUGCCAGGCCGACUACCAAGCUGCGAUCCUGCACGACAGUCUACCCAAGGACGAAAUGACUACGCCAGCGCUGUCCGCGUCGAUCCUCUCUCUCUUCAAGCGCCGACGCGCUCUUUACUCAAGUACAGACAUCCAGGGAUCGACUGGACCUCGAACACCGCUGUUCCAUCGGCCUACCACCAAGCUGUCGCCUUGAAACCUGACAACGCUCCUUCAAAACUACACGACCGAACUACCACAAACGAUUAUUUCCAUGCCACUCACAAACCUCCCUCCGUACAACGAACAGAACACCAAGAACUGGUUUCUGCAGUUGGAAGCCAUUUUCUCAGUACGGAGAAUGACUUCACAGCAAGCAAAAUUCGCCAACGUGGUACAAGUUUUGCCACCUUCAGUUGUCGACGAAGUAGCCGACAUCUUGGAACAUGUACCCGAGCAGGAGCCAUAUACUCGCCUCAAGGAUGCGAUUUUGAAACGACCCGCCGAUCGGACGAGGAACUGCUCCGGGAACUUUUUACCCACGUCACCUGGGGCGACAGAACACCCUCACAGCUUCUACGCUUCAUGAGGAGCCGACUGGGGAAACAUUCCAUGGCCGAAUCAAUCUUGCGCGAACUGUGGAUGGACAAGUUACCCACUACCAUAACGCAGAUAUUGGCACCAAUCGCUGACAACACUCCACUAGACCAGUUAGCAAACUCUGCUGACCGCAUCGCAACUAAACUGGACCAAGGAGUGUGUGCCGUGCAGCGCCCAGACGACACACCAGCCAAAGAAACGGAUCUGGAAAAGGCAGUAGCUGACCUGCAACAUCAGCUGCAGGAUAUACGAAUGCUCCUUUCCCGCAAAUCGAGAGGCCCGAUGCCGGCGACCGGCGGUUGGCGACGGAGAGCACGGAGUACCAGCAGGGAUCGACGAGUCGACCCGGAAUUAUGCUGCCGGCGAGUAGGAGCGGCAGAACCCCCCGGCAAAAACAUACGAAGCCGCCUUUUCUACGUAUGGGACCGACGGAACCACAUAAAGUUUUUAGUGGACACAGGAGCAGCAAUCAGCGUGAUACCCCCCAAAGAACAGCAAGACCGAAAGGCGACCCCGUAUAAACUCCAGGCAGCAAACGGCUCGACGAUCGAGACAUAUGGAGCCAAGACACUGACUCUUAACAUCGGUAUGCGGCGCGAUUUUACCUGGACUUUCACCCAGGCAGACGUAAAAACGCCAAUACUCGGGGCAGAUUUCCUGGCCCAUUAUGAUCUAGCCGUGCACAUGAAUACGAGGACUUUAUCAGACAAUACCACGAACAUUGCUGUUAAAGGCACCCUCUCUCGACACAACACCACUGGAAUCAGUGACUACCAAGCUGCGAUCCUGCACGACAGUCUAACCAAGGACGAACUGACUACACCAGCGCUGUCCGCGUCGAUCCUCUCUCUCCUCAAGCGCCGACGCGCUCUUUACUCAAGUACAGACAUCCAGGGAUCGACUGGACCUCGAACACCGCUGUUCCAUCGGCCUACCACCUAG